AUCAUGUACACAAUGAGUGGAGAAUUUCUUUCUCUCUCGCAGAACAUAAACUUGUGUGUGCUAUGAAUCACUGUCAAUUCUUAACUUAUGGCUUGCUUAAAAUAUUUUUGAAAGAAAUAAUCAACAAUGGACUAAGUGAUGAUGAUAAAUUACUGAGUUCCUAUCACAUGAAGACAUUAGUUUUCUGGGUGAUCCAACAGAAUACAUUACAACACUGGUGUCCACAAAAUCUUCUGGAGUGUUUCUGGGUUUGUUUCAAACUCAUCCUUAAAUGGGUGUUUGAGGGAGUCUGUCCUAACUUUUUCAUUCCCCCAAAUAACAUGUUUCUGAGUAAGAUUCAUGGUGAAGCACAACAUCAGCUAUUUAUAAGACUGUAUGGGUUGUAUGAGAAGGGUUUAGCAUUCCUGCUACACAGUCCAUCCAUUAGGUCUUGUAUUUUAAAUGUCCUUCAUAACCCCCACCUCUCCAUCUGUACAGAUGAACAUACUCUGAUUUCUGAGGUCAAGUUUGAUAUAGAGCUGUUUCAAGAGAUACAAACAAAUGACACACUUCACACACGAAACCUAGAAACGUGUAUGAAACAAAUACAUACAAUAGAACAGAUGAUAGACUCACCCCUCAUAACACAGUAUCAAGUCAUGAUGCUACAGAAACUUACAGCUACUGUACUUCAGAGAUAUGCUUUAAUUUUAGACAUGGAAACAUACAAACAUAAAAACAAAAUGAGGUAUAGAGCUGACAAAAUCUCUUGUCACAUGCUGAAAUUAGCAGCUAAGUUUGGUUGCAUUGCUGACAUGUUGUACAUGGCUAUGUUUUAUUACAAGACACUCAGAUACAUAAAAGCCUUAUCUGCUAUAAAGAUGAUCAAGGUAAAGUUAGCACAGCCAUAUGUGAUGUAUGGGUAUAAAACAUGUAUUGAUAAUAUGAAUACUGAUAUGAGGUAUUCUGAGGCUGUAGGGGGACAGUCCUGGUCUACAAAGUUUAGACAGGCUAUAGCAUGGAAUAUCAGUCUUAACAAUAAAAUCCAUUACAUUAAUGAGUUAUUCCCAGAACAGCAGUGUGCCCUACAGAACAAGGAGUCAGAAUUAGUAAUCUCCCCAUUUGUGCUGUUACAUAUGAUAGAGAUCUUGUGCUACAGACAUGUAGACACAAUGAGAGUACAGACAGCUCUAGGUGAUCUACAGACCCUAGUUCAAUACGAUCAGGGACAGCUUAUACCUUUCAGAGACAUAUCAUGGCAAAUUCUGGGGAUCUGUCUUCAGGUGACAGGAAACCUCCAGGCUGCUCUAUACUCAUACCAACAAUCUCUCAGACAAAUACCAUUCCACAAAAUACACACAGCUACAGAAAUAAGAAUGCAGGGAACUUGUCACUAAGAUGUCUAGAUUAGUAAAAGAA